AUGAUAGAAACUCUGUUCUGCUCUGGCUGCUCCAUGACGCUCGGUGACAUCUACAGGUGCACCCCGAAGCACCUGGACUACAAGAGGGAUUUGUUCUGUUUCAGUGUCGACUCAAUCGAAAGUUACAUUCUAGGAUCCUCAGAAAAGCAAGCUCUUACUGAUGAGGAACCUUUAACUCUUGAAAGUCGAGCUGUCUUGGAAGAGGUGCUACAAAGGGCAGACACUGUGUUAAAAGCUCUGGAAACAAGACUGACUGCUGUUGAAUCAAGUAUGGCUUCUCUUCACAAUAAAGUCUGA